CGGUUAUUUUUGACGCAAGGAAAAUAUGUGACGAAAAGUGUAAAAUAUCCAAAGAAAGAGAAAGUUGGAAGUAAGGCAUGGAGCCGGCGGAUCAGUAUAACCUGCGUUGGCAUUACCAUCACGCGGAAACGUUUCUCGCGUUUGAAUCGCUUCGUCGCUCGGAGGCCUUUGUCGACGUGUUGUUGUCCUGCGAAAAACGGUCGAUUUACGCGCACAAGGUCGUCUUGUCCGCGUGCAGCAACUACUUUUUCGACGUCCUGCGAUCGGUGAGGGACGGUCAAAUGCCGGUGUUGUUUUUCCGCGACACCGCCGUCGACUUGCUGGAGUACGUCGUGCGGUAUAUUUACAACGGUGAAGUAGAGGUUCCUGGGAGUCGGUUCACGGAUUUCAUUAAUUUGGCUGAAGCGUUGGAAAUUAAAGGUUUGAAGCGUCAAGAUGGGUUCACUGCUGAUGGGUGCGGGUCCGACAGCCCGGUGCAUUCUGCAGCCAGUGCCAGCUACGUUGGCAAGCGCAAAUACGACGCUUGUGCUGAUCCGGUUUGCCAUUCCUUACCGGAUCCCAGUCCCGACGCUGCUGAGCUGGACUACUCUGCAGAUCCGAAACGUUUGCGGGAAAGUAACGUGUCUCCUGCUGCGUAUUUGCCCACGAAGCGUGAGGCGACGGACUGUUCUGCUGAGGAAAAAUCC